CAACGACGGGAUCCCGUCCUCCCGCGCCUCGCAGUUUUUUUUUACCCCUCUCGCCUCUCCGCUCCUAGGGCAAGAAAAGGGCUUCGUUUCUCGGCCGCGUCUCGAGUCCAACAAAGGCCAGCGGAGAUCGGCGAGGAUCCCAGAUGCCGCAAGAUGCCUGUGGGGUUAGAGGCUUCAAAUCGUCGGGGCUGCCCCCCUGUUUCCAAUCAAAAAGGAAAAGCGAAAACAGAAAACUUUCAGUGAUCAAAAUUUUCUUAGAUAAUUGGUUCAUGACAUUCCUAUAUAUUCUCUGUGCACUAUAGCAUGCGAUCAUAUAGAAUGUCAAGGGGUGAUUCCCAACCAAGAACUCUGCCUGGAAAGAGAACUCUUGAAAGGUGCAAAAGCAAAGGCACUGUUGAGAAUGUGGAGAUCAUUGAUGUUGACAAAGGUAAAAGUGAUGUGGUCAUCAUUGAAGUUCCAGAGAGUUCCCAUCAGAAGUCUAGAUGUUUUAGGGCAAAAAAAAGAGAUAGUUGUGCUAGUGUGAUUAGUAUUGAUGAUGAAGAGGAAGGUAUUGAUAAAAAUAUUAGUAAUGCACAUUAUGCUGCCACAAGCAGCACUUUUCGCCCCUUCUCCAGCAAUUCUCCAUUGUCUGAAGAAUCAGAUUGUGAUGAAUGCCUAAUUUUUGUUGGAGAGAGAACUUUCCCAUCUAAAUUUACUGGAAAAGUGAAAAUGCACCCUAAAUGUGGUUCUUCUAGAAAUCGUUAUGGUCUAGAUCCUGCCUCAGACAGUGGUGCAUCUGAUAGUGGUAGUUCUGGAUUUUGCACUUCUGAAGGAAACAGUUUGGAAAGUGACAGCUCUGAUUGUGAGAUUAUGGAAGAUAUCUCUGGUGAGAUCCGUGAACAGUGGGAAAGAGCUGCUUUGAGGCGAAAAAUGUCACAGAGGAGCCAAUUUGGUUCAGAGGAUCAGGCUAGUGCUUCAGGAUCUAGUGCUGAUCCUGGAUUUCAGUCAGAUCAAGCCACUCAAAAUAUGGUUAAUGUAGAAAGUAUAAAUGAGUCUGACAAGGAAUACUCAAAGCAUUUUGGAGAAGUACCUGGCGAAUGUGGUCCAAGCAGUUCAAGUAAUGGAAAGAACUCUUCUUCUAGGAUGGCUAAUGCUGACGAACUGACUGAAGAUUCUCUUCAGGGUAUUAAGGAGAACAACUCUGCUGCAAAUACAGUUCCUUCUGGCAUAAGUCAUGAUGGGCCUGGUUUUCAGAAGGAAGAACUGAUUUCAGAGGAAUGUUCACACAGAGCACAGUCCUCUGAUGAAACCUACUUUAAUCGUAAAAGUAACCGUUUUCGGGACUUCAAAAUGGAAGAUUCCAUACAUGUUAGGGAUGAGGAUUUUGAUUUUCUGGAUAAAGACAAACAAAUUCCUGUAGAAACUUGUUAUGGUACAGCUGAACUUAGGGGUGGAACCAUGUUCCAGGAUGCAGUGAGUCCUUAUUCUGUAAUUCCACACAAAGCUAGCGAUGGUAAUGCUCUAUUUUCUGAUAGUGUUGGUUUACAGGACAGGAAGGAGCAUGCCUCUGAAGAACAACCUUCACGUCACACCCAAUCACCAGUUGACCCUGUUAUUAGUCAUGAAAUUGCUGCUCAGGAGAAAGAGGACAAGAAGGAACAUAGCCCUGGAGAACAACCUUCAUGUCAGACCCAAUCGUCGCAUGAUUUUGUUGUCAAUCAUGAACUCGCUGCUCAAGUGAAAGAGAAGUUAUAUCCUGAACGAACUGUUCUGUUCAAUGACCAAUCAACAGAUAAACCACAAAAUGAUUUUGGAAAUCAGAGCUUCUGUCAUAGCAAGGAAGGCACUCUUGAAGAACCAAUUUGCAAUCCUCAUGCAGAAAGUGGAGCAACUGGGAUAUGCCCCUUAUAUAGGAGACCUGACUUAUCUCAUAUUCAGAAUGGUCUAAUUUGGGAACGCGAAAAGCACAAGGAAUCUGAUGAGUAUAGACAUGCUGAUGAAGAAGAAUGGGCAUCCAGGCAGCGGGUGCUACAGAUUCAGGCAGAAGAAGCACAAAGGUUGCGGAAGAAAAGAAAGGCUGAAAAUUCGCGUCUAAUGGAAAUGGAGAAGAGGCAAAAGCAGCGUCUAGAAGAAAUUCGGGAAUCGCAAAAAAAGGAUGAGGAAAUUAUACAUCUGAAAGAAAAGCUUCGUGCUGAAGUAAGGAAGGAGCUUGACAAAAUGGAAGGGAGAUACAGAGACAUGGCUUCUCUUUUGCGUGGAUUAGGCAUCCAUGUUGAAGGGGGUCUUUUUCCCUUAUCAUGUGAGGUUAAUGCUGCCUAUAAACAAGCAUUGUUGAGAUUCCAUCCAGACAGAGCGUCAAGGACUGAUAUUCGUCAACAGGUUGAAGCAGAGGAAACAUUUAAACUGAUUUCACGUUUGAAAGAACAGCUGCUGCCUGUAGCAUAAUUGGAUAGGUAAACAUCUUACAAUGCCAUUUUUACCGGUGUGGUGCCAUCUGACAAAGUGCCAGCACUGUUGUGGUGGGGGGCCUGCUGCUCUUCUAUUUCGGGUUCUUCUCUAGCGGAUGACUACAUGCACAUCGAAUCUCGUAUAUAAGAUUAUAAUGAAAGAAUCUUGUAUCUGUUAUUUUAAUACCUGAUGUUUUUAGAAUUUUCAUCUUGAUACAUAUUUAAGGUUCUUUUUUUUUCUUUUUUGUGGUUUUCUCAUUCGUGGAGGUUUCUUGAUCAAAGGCAGCAUGAAUUAGUCAUUUUUUGUCUUGUAAAUACUGCAAACCUGGCUUAAUUCUAAUGAAGGGACCUUUGUUGCCUUUUAGGAAGAGACAACAAGCAAUACAUGAGUUCUUUAGCCGACCUGCAUAAUUUUGCAACUGCAGAAUUCAUAUGUAGGUUCAACAUGUGUCUUGGCAAACUUCAUCGUUUAUUCCCCAUUCUUCUCGUAUUUGUCUGAAAUUGCCAGUUCUACUGAAAGGUGACAGUUCGGAACCAAUCUUGUUAAGAUCUAUUGUUAUUGAGGCGAAUGUGCAUAAUGUUCUUUUGCAUAUUACGAUAGGCAAAAGAAGAAAUGCAAAUGGCUAAUAGUUGUGUUGGUAGAAAGCUAUGUUGGAGGCUGAGCAGAAGGUGGUUUGGAAAGUGGCUUGGUGAGUUUGAUGAUGAAACAUAGAACCAGCAAAACGUGGAACGAAGAAUGCCGAGCUGAUCUUGCUUUUCUGCCAGACAGGUGUAUUUUCUUAUCUGGAGGCUAAUCAGCUUUCAGCCGGCUUGGCAGUCACAAAUCUAACAGGGAUAGCAGUGGGGGAAGAGAUGAAAGCUGUUGGAGAGUUGGGAAUUGAUGAGGGGACGCAAAGACUAGGAGGCCUUCAAAGGGAGGCAAAUCCAUCAUGAUCCCUCGCCGGAGAAGCAGAUUGUAGUUGUUGCUGCUGUUGCUGCGGCUGAACUCUGUUUCUAAUUUUCCAAUGAGGCAAACUUUUUGAGGACCGUCAUUUAUUUAUCUUUGCCUCCUUUCCAAAGCUGUGCUCGUUCCAUCAAGCGUUCAGCUACAAGUGAAUCAUCUCUACAACUAAGACUUUCAGCCACAGCUGAAUCAUUUGUAACACUAGUGAGACCGCCAGUCACACAAGUGGCGGGUGGUUGGGUCUGUGAAACGGACUCAUGAACCUGGAUGAAGUGGCUGGACUUUGAGGAGUCCUGCUUCUUAUGGCAAGCAUUCUUCUUCUUCA